AUGGAUUCGAGGCAUAAAUUUUAUCGGUUUAAUACUCAUUAUCCCUUGGAACAGGUCCUACGAUUAGACGCAGACAAUGGCGAAAUGAGAAUGCUGAAAGGAACGGGAUAUCGUUACGAAUUUUUAGAAGAGAUUCCCUCCUACGAUGAUAUCGAGGGACUAGACCCGAACGACGAAAGGGCAAAGUAUGCUCGUGAACAUGCCUCGCACUUGAAGCGUUUACGCGAAGCCCCGCAGUGGAUAUGGGAUAUCCUGGAUAAGCCGUCUUACAUGAUGGUGGAACAUGACAAGCCAGUAUACUACGGGUCAUUCGGCACCAACGUAACCAAAGAAUGGCAUUGCGUCCAUCCUAUUGGAUCAACCGAAGCGGGAGACACCGCGGAACCCACGCCGUUCGGGUGGAGAGAACCAUUCCUGAAUGAACUCAUGGAGCACGUUACUACUCUUGGUCAAUUCAAUGUGGAAAACAAUGGCGAUGUAAAGUGGACAAAACCUGCCCAUGGCGCGAUUAUCAAGUACGACCCGUCCAACGAUCCCAUGACGCGGGAAUGUUGGCGCAACAGCAUACCUUUGAAUCUGAACAUGGUGUGGAAGCUCUUGAUGGGCAGGGUGGACGUAGAUGAGGACUUUCUAGGGAGGUUCAUAGCCUGA